AUGACCAGGCAAAGAUUGCAGACUUUGGGCUGCUUUGGAGUACUCAUGUUGGUUAUCUUCACAGGGCGCCCACCAAUUUUGGGGACUGAUGGAGACGGCCAGCAGGUCACUGAAUGGGUGAGCACCCCAUCCAUGAACCCGCCUGUUCUUCUUUUCUGUGAUAGUGUCAUCUCAAUAGCACAAGGGAACACCCCCGUCCGCUGCCCAAUGUUUGGUUGUGGUACACCUUACGAAAGUCUGGUGUUGCUGGUGGUCCUCUCAGGGCUUGCAGGUGACUUCAUGGCGUCUGCUCACCUCACUCUGCUUGUGGUUUCUCCCACCCCCUCCACCCGCUCCACUCCCUCAGGCAUCAGAGUGCCUCUCCUUGGGAGACAUGGAAAGCCUCAUGGACCCCGCCAUGGACGCCCCUGCAGAUGCUGUGCUGCGUGUGGCUCAGCUCGCCCUCACUUUAGUCCAUUUGUGAUUUCUCCCCCCUCCUCUCCACUCCCUCAGGCGUCGGACUGUCUCUCCUCGGGGGACGUGGGGAGCCUCAUGGACCCCACCAUGGACGCCCCUGCAGAUGCUGUGCUGUGUGUGGCUCAGCUCGCCCUCUCCUGCACCGCGGAGCGCACUGCAGCCCGCCCAAGCAUGGCACACAUCGCCAACGAGCUGCAGGCCAUCCGGGAGGAGUGGGUGGGGAAAGAGGAGCUGAGCGCGGCUGUCAAGGUGGAUGCGGAGGUGCAGGAGUUGAAGGAUGUUGUUGGCGUGAACAGCCUCGACACAGAACUUCAGAUGAUUGAAGACAACUUGGGUGAAAGUUACGAUAGUUAA